AUGAUCUUAAUAAUUAAUCUUUUUUUAAUAUUAUGUUUAUCGUGUACAUUAGCCAAAGUGACUUAUUUUAAUCUUGAAAAUAUCUAUGGACCAUAUUGUAAUUCAAGAAAUGUAUAUACACCUGAUGCAGGUGUUGUCCGAUAUGCUGGAACUCCAUGGACCGGUAAAUGUGAAUUGAAUUUACAAAGCUGUUGCCUUCCGACUCUACGCAAUUUAUCUCAUAUUGGUAAUUUAUCGAUUUCAACAAGAUUUUAUAUUCGUCUACUUAAACCACCAUUGUGCCUAUCAGAAGAUGUGACUAUUGUAUCUGAAUCCGGUGAAAAGAUUUUUAUUGAUUGUAAUGUGACAGAUGGUAGUGAAUAUUAUCUAGAUACUGAAAAAUUAACAAUAAUUUAUGAUCGAAGACAAAAAUUUCCUCUAUCACCAUUUUCAAUGGUAGUUACACCACUAAAAAUAAAAACACGAAUGUAUACAUUGUGUGGUUUUGAUUGUUUUACGGACACGUAUUGUAUUGAUCGAAGUCUUCUUUGUGAUCGUUUUCAAAAUUGUCCGAAUAAUGUUGAUGAAGCUCACUGUGAAUACCAUCAUAAUCAACCUGCAUUAUCAUUGCAAGCUAAAAUAAUUCUACUUGUUAUUUUAUUAAUGAUCAUAUCAUUUGAUGUUUUUUCUAUAUUGAUUUGCUAUUUUUGUUGUGGAAUUUCAAAUCAACAUCAUCAUACUGUGAAAGACGUAAAGCGAACUCCUGCAAUUUUAGAGGAAGGUGCUGCUGUGACUCCACUUUUGCAAUCAACAAUUUCUAAUGACAAUAAUCAAUCUCAUUGA